CUUUCUGAUGGUUGUUUACACAGAUGGAAAUGGAUGAAACUCGUAGUGGCACUGGAUUGCGGCAGUAUUAUUUGUCAAAGAUCGAGGACCUGCAGGUACUUAAAUAUUCUUUAGUAGCAGCACAGUUCAUACAUGUGUAAUUGAACUGAUUUAUAGUGAGUAUUAUAUUCUCAAUUUGGAACAAGAAUACCAGAUGUCGUGCAAACAAGUGAUAGAAGUUAUACAUAAAAUAUUGUAGUUUUAUAUACAUUUUCAUACAUUCUUAAACUUGGUAAUGUAUACGGACUAGGUGACUUUUUUUUUUCUUUUAAAUCAUAGGGUCACAGAAAAAAAAGAAAACAAAUGCCUGCUAGUAGCAUGGCACUAUUAAAAAUAUGUACAAAACUCACAAAUAAAAUGACACAUUUUAACCUUAGAGUGGAAUAACACAAUUAUCUCAGUAGUGACUUACAAUGUGAACUAUUCUCUGGGGAUAACUCUUGGAAUCCUCCUAUUGGAUGGUCACAAAUACAUUACCAGGCUUAUUCGCUAAAAUGAGAAUUGUCAGAAAUUCGAAAUGUCAAAUUUACGGUCAAAAAAGUGGACUUGGAGAAUUUUCACUCUGGUGAUUUUGGCCUUAAAUGUGAAAAUGUACUUAGCUUUCCUGCCACUUCUAACUGCAGUGAAUAACCCUGUCUGUUGUGAACUUGACCCAGUUUGCUCCAAUCCUUUUAUUUACUGCUCACCUGAGAUCUGUGAAACGUGUGGAAUUGGUAAUGCUUGAAUUCUUCACAUUUUCUCAAAGUAGAGCACUUGCAUUAGUUUCUAUUGAAGGGUCAUACUUUUUAUUUUUUUUAAUUCUUUAUUUUUGGAGUGCAUGGAAAUAUAACAAGUGGGCUCGUCAUGCCCCAACAGCAUUGACAAGUAUAUGACAAAACAUUUAGCAGUUGGUCAGCAUGUGAGAAGACAGCACAAUUAUUAUAGAGCAACAUAUAUCGUUUAAGUGUUCCUGUUUAGACGAUCAGUACAUAUGUUGGCAGGGACUUUUCUAAACAUGCAGGAUGCAAGCUUGCGGUCUAAUAGAGAGUGAGUGCUUGCUACAGAUAAGCUAGGCUAGCCAGCAUGAGAUGUCUCUCUAUGUGCAGGACAGGUUGAUAUAUAAUAGAAUACAAGUAAAUUACACAAGCUUAAAUCGUGUAGCUAGUGUCUGCUAAGCGACUAUCACUGGGGCUCCCACACCCAUUAUUGCUAACGGUAAAACAUAUGAGGGCAAGUAGGUAAGUUAGUUAAUGUCAGGGCUCAUGCUAAAAAGAAAAAACGCUUAAAAUAGUUAGAAAGUCAAGCUCAGGGGAUCUUGGGUCUCAUCCUCGAGAACUCUGGCAUUAAUAUGUUUUUUGGGUCGUCCUCUGAUAUAGCAGGUGGUCGGUGUCUGGUAGGCAAGCUGUCCCCCACACAGGGGUUCUUUACCCUACUCCCCGUCUGGGCACUGCUCUGAGGUGGCUAUUAAGUCCUCCGGAGGGAGACCUGUUGUGGCUCCUGUGUGAGGUACCCCGCAGCUCACCAGUGGCAGUUCAAGGACCUGUAAGGGGUUGCUUGUAUUCCCAUAGAGUUGUGGUCUCCUGUGGUGGUAAGUUGCAUUUAGGUACUUUUCCCAGUUGGGAUCGUGAUUCAGGGCGGUUGCUGGACAGUGCCAGGCGGAUUCUUCGGUGCCGUGUUUGUGCACGUGGCCUCGGUUUCUUUUUCUUUAGUGGCGAUUCUGCACCAGAGCGUCGCCCAGGAGUCGCGGGCUGCCCUUUUGUGAGCGGCAUGAUUGUUUCUUGCUGGGCUCCAGCAGGCUUGUGCCGGCGUGCGGCUAAUGUGGACCAGAAGUUUGCGAAUAAGGCGUCAAGCUUAGAAUGUCGCUUAGAAUGAGGCAGUGAGUUGCACGAGGCAUCCACCAUCUUGGUCUUGGCAGGUGGAUAGUCCCAAGUGUAUAGUAGCAGGAGCUUCACUAGUGAGACACCAUUGAAAGUUGCCGGGAUAACCCCCACCGGCUGAGGUGGGGAGAGGGUGCAGGAUGGUCUUCCAGGGUAAGUGCUCGAUAGCAGGCUGAGGGAUCGGUCGCCUCCCUCUCGUGCGCUGCAGUUAGGCCUCUUGUAGGCCGCGGACUCUCCUCUGGGAUUACCCACCGGUCAUGGCUGGACACACCACUGGUUUGAGAGCUAGGGAUGUCUCCCAAUAUCGAGGGAUCUAAGUUUUAGGUUGCUGAGUCACUUUUAUCGAUUAUUUAGGAGCCAGAUAGCGCGGAGCUCUCGGUGUGUGCGACCGUUCCGUGCGGCUGCCAGGCUCCGCCCCCUUGAAGGGAUAUUCUAAGCACCAAAACGUUAUUAACUUUAUUCUCACCUGCCAUGUCAAGGCAAGCAUCUUGAGUUGCUGACUUGUGAUUGGCUCGUAAGGUGAGCUUACACUUUAAAAGCCAUUUGAGUGGCACUAAAGUCCUGUUAUUUAAAUAUGCUUAGUGUUUUGGGGUAGUGCACAGGUAACUUCUUUUGUUUUUUUAUAUAUUAGCAUACAUUCAGCCAUAGACAAAUUUGGAGACGCUGAGCAUGUGGUCCUAUUCUCAUUAUACAAAUCCUGACAAAAUGCUGAGCCUUUUUGGGGGUGCCAAACACCAACCUCAAUCUGAAAUUGAGGAUAUCAUUACGUGAUCUGAUGCGUUUCACUUGCCAAGCAUUUUUUGUCACAUUUGAAUAUCAAUUUAGUCUUCUUUGACCUACACAUUCUCUAGCAUAGGUUGACUUUGCUUUUUAUUUUCUCUCCAGCUGGUUGUCAAUGAUAAAAGUCAAAAUUUGAGGCGUCUCCAGGCUCAAAGAAAUGAACUGAACGCUAAAGGUAAAGUUGGUAGUGAUAUAACUUAAAAGAUUAGCUUGUCAGUGCAUCGUUUUAGGGGAAAGAGCUUUACUUAUACACCGCUUACAAACAAGUACUAUUCUAUUAAACAAAUUUAAUGGAAUGGACCCUUGUGAGUCACGCUUGGUGACUAAUGCUUAGAGACUAAUUAUGUGGACUGUAGUGUUGUACAUGUGUUUCAUCCAAAUACUUAUUUUCAUUUUUUUAAAUUUGUUUUUGUUCCACAUUAGUAAAACGGCCUGAUUAGAACUCUCAGGGUCUCUCUAAUACUUUUUGGAUUUUAGAUCUGGAUGUGGGUGCACACACAGAAAUUAAACAUGGACAAAGUUUCAAGCAAUUUGGUGUAAUCUUAGCACUGCUGAUGUUUGCUAUGUAAACAAGCUGAGCAUUGUAGUAAUUGCAGUCUGCAACUAUCUCCUUUGCUGCUGUUAUCCAUCACUGGUCUCUAGCUGCAAUUUACAAGCAUGUCCAGAUGUGAAGUGAAAGGUUUUUCAGUGUGCAGAGCACUGUUUGCCAUGAAUAUCAUAGGUUUCUAGUGUUUUCUCCAAAUUAAGUUACUAUAAUAUGAACCUAAAAGAGGAACAUUUAAAUGUUAAAUUAUAAAUAUAGCUAGAGUGAGCCUUUUUAAAGACUCACUCUAGACACCACAACAAGGCACAUGGUGCAGAUAAUACCCUGCACCUACUUUCAGUUCUGAGUUGAUUGUUACUGAUUUGCAAAAUCUUUGCCCCUAUAAGCCAGCCUCUCAGAGCAGUCAAUCAGGCACCUGGAAUUGUAUCUUCCAGGCAGUCCAUAUCAGAUUGUGUACAUGUGCAGUUGGCGGCUCUGCCUAUUUUUACACACAGAACAGUUCACAAAACUGAGACAGACUGUGCAAUUAAAUGGUAGCUGGCCUGAUUGCUAUUGGCUUAUCGCACAGCUUAUCACACAAACUCUGCUGAUCAAGGAUUUUAUAGGGUAAGGCAGACCAGAAUCCGACUCUCAGGUUAUCACUGCUCUCUAAACAUGGGCAAAGUGAUAUUGCUAAUGAGGUGGAAUAACUCUCUUGUAUUUGCAUAUUACAAUGUGAUGGGCUGGUUACAGGGAAACUCACAUUUUCAUCAAACCACUUAAAACAGUUGGACAACGACUUAGGACAACACAGAUACACUUCUGCAACUAUGCCCACUACAAGGGACUGCAGUUAUGAAGCUCAGACUGCUCCAUUAACAUCAUCCUCCAUGAAAGAAAAACACAACUGGCUUCAAAAUAGCCAAAAUCAUUCACAGGAGUAAAUCUUACAGCAUUUUACCCAAUAACAUUAAAAAGAAUCCUCCUCGUUUGAUUUGUUCAUAUGUCUGAUUACAUGUAUUUGCUUAUUGUGGUUCUCACCUAUAUGUUUCCAAUCUUUUCUUUAGUGCGUCUCUUGCGGGAGGAGCUGCAGCUGCUUCAGGAGCAGGGCUCCUAUGUGGGUGAGGUGGUGAGAGCCAUGGACAAGAAGAAAGUUCUGGUCAAGGUGCUUGGAAUCACUAUUUCUCUGUUUGUUCCGUGAGAACUGAUCCAAUUACAUAAGGAUGUGUAACCAAUUAUCUCUUUUUCACUAUAGGUCCACCCCGAGGGGAAGUUUGUUGUGGAUAUUGAUAAAAAUAUCGAUAUAAAUGAUGUAAGUAUAUAGAUAGAAACUUUCUUAAAUACCAGCUGUCACAUGUAAAGGCUUGGCAUCUUGUUUUAUGCCUGUUCUCACAGAGGUUUCAUUGAAGUUCCAAUACUGUCUAUAUCAGAUUUUAAUAAUUAUUCCCUGUUUACGAGAAACUGAAAAUGACAAUGGUGCAUUAAGCCAUCAUGGUAUCAAUUAUCAACUCCUCCAACUCAUCCCUCUUAGUGCUUUGUUCACCACAUUCUGAAUACAGAUACAUUGACUCAAGUCAGCUCCCAUGGGGAAACAUAAAUGUUUAAAAUUGGUGCAGAUUUAUCGUGCAAAUUACGUGAUGGUUAAUGACUGUUAACAAAAGUGGGUUAUAUGGAUCUGGAAUGAACAGGAUUAUUUGGCAACUACUUUAUAUGUGUGUGUAGAUUUAUUUGCAAGUACACAUUCAUUCAGCCUUUGUCCAUUUAAUAACCAUCUCUCCCUUUCAGGUGACACCAAAUUGUCGUGUUGCAUUGCGUAAUGACAGUUACACACUGCACAAGAUCCUGCCCAACAAGGUGGAUCCACUGGUAUCACUGAUGAUGGUAGAAAAAGUUCCAGAUUCCACAUAUGAGAUGAUUGGAGGAUUAGACAAGCAGAUAAAAGAGAUUAAGGAGGUCAUCGAGCUGCCUGUCAAGCACCCCGAAUUGUUUGAGGCUUUGGGAAUUGCACAGCCCAAGGUACGGUGAGAAAAUGAACGAGGCUCUGGUCUCCCUUAUACACUUGCCAAUCGGAAUGAAUGAGCCAGUGGAUUUUGUAUUAAAAUGAACCUGUUGUCAUAAUAUACAUCACAAAGACACAUGGUGCAUUCAGUCUAAAAUAUAGAGAAUUAUUCACGUUUCCUCUGUUCCAGUGCAUCUUUGUGAGUUUUACUCUUCAUGUAAGAUCCACCCUCAGGCUGUCCACCGCUCUGUCUCUGGUCUUCAGUGAUUUGCCUUGCUGGAAAACACUUCCCCCUAAGCAGGGCAAUCCUUAGUGACACCGGACUCUGGCUUCAUUGUCAGCGUGCCCGCGCCUUAACGGAUUGACCUCCCAUAACCCUGUUCCUAUACUCCGUAGCUGGUGCUAGAUGUGGUUGCUAUGCUUGGGAGAGGUCUUUUUUGCUCUCCCUUGUCAGUGACUGCCUCGGCACGCCAAGCCAUUGGCUAACAGCUGGGAGAAAUGCCUAUUUUUAAAUAGUAUAUAUUUUUUUUCCUAAUCUUUACAUUUGCUUGUACAAUGUGUAGAUAGAAUUUUAGGCUCAAUCUAAUGACCAUAAGUUGUUUGGGAUGUGACAGAUCCCCUUUCAUAUUUAAAUUUAAUUUAACAGAUUUGUUUUUAUGUCUGAAUCUCACAUUACGGUUAGCAAAAUGUGGUCUCACUGUAAUGUUAGAGAUUAUCUCACUGAAAGGACCUAUUUAGGCUCUUUGUUCUAAAAGUAUCAUGCUGCCAUGUCUUCAUACAAAGAUACAGCUCUCAUUAUUAAUUUCCUUAGGGAGUGCUGCUGUACGGACCUCCUGGCACUGGGAAGACUCUCUUGGCCCGUGCUGUCGCUCAUCAUACAGAUUGCACGUUUAUAAGGGUGUCUGGCUCUGAACUUGUACAGAAAUUCAUCGGGGAAGGUAGGUGUGAAAUACAGCUUUGUGUUAUGUCUAUCAAUACAUAAUGCACGUGUCACUGGUGAUGGUAAAAAAGGUUUCAGAGUCCAUGUAUAUACACAUACAAGCACAGGCAUGGAAUCAUUAUGCUCCGGAUUAUUAGGCAGAAGAAAAUUACCAACCAUCCAGUGUCAUACAUCGGGUUUAUUAAAUAAAUGUCGAAAUGACAACAGAUGUAUUUAUGUGGAUAUGUCGUGAUUUCAAUAUUUCUGUCUGGUUAUCUGCCAUCCUGCGUGAUAGUGGCGUAGCUGGAAAGAACUGUAGUCAAACCAGACAUGUCUAAACCAGCGACUAUUUCCUCAGAUCUUUUGGUAGCAUGGAAUGGACAGGAGCCCUACACCCAACCCGUAGUUUGCCCUGGCAUGAAGAUUUUUAAUUUAGCGUAUAACAUUUACCAAGACGAACAUCCAAUUUGAUUUCAUAUUGAAACACCAUUAUUUUUUUUUAAAUCUUCUAACCCAUUAUUUCAGUCCUACGCCAAUGGUGUUUAUACUCUAUAAAAUGAAUGUGAUUCAGCUCACAGUGACUUUUAUAUCGGCACUGUGCUACACACAAAUUUGUAACUCUAGUUUUCUUAGUUAUUAUUGUGUUUUUAGUUUUGUUUAUUAUGAAUGCGUCCCUGUGUGUAUGGAUAUGUAAUUCACAGUGAUCUCCUCUAGGGGCCCGAAUGGUGCGGGAACUCUUUGUAAUGGCUCGUGAACAUGCUCCGUCCAUUAUCUUUAUGGAUGAGAUUGAUUCCAUUGGAUCCUCCAGGCUGGAGGGAGGUUCAGGAGGGGACAGUGAGGUCCAGCGGACAAUGCUUGAGUUGCUGAACCAGCUUGAUGGAUUCGAAGCCACUAAGAAUAUCAAGGUAUGAGCAAAUUUGUAAAUCUAUAUGGAUGUGUAUCAUCAGACAAUAUUAUUUAGCUACACACUGUUUCUUGGUAUUAAAACUGUUGUAUCUGAUUUUUCAGGUCAUUAUGGCAACUAACAGAAUUGAUAUUUUGGACUCUGCCCUACUUCGCCCUGGCCGUAUCGACAGGAAGAUUGAGUUCCCUCCUCCUAAUGAAGAGGUAAUGCUGGACAGGGACUGAAUACUAUUUUCAUAAAUGCUAAUUAAAGGGACACUUCAAACAUUUAAAUCACUUUAGCUUUCUUAAGUGCUUUAUGUAUGAAGAGUGCCUUGCCCCCUACCAUUUUAUACAAAGUGCUGCUCUUUGCUGAUUUUUUUAUUUUUAUUUUAAAUUAGAAAUUAACACUUUUAUAAUUAAACCGUGAUACACAUUCUUGGCUGUCAGACAACCAGGGGGUGUUGCUUCUUUGUAGGUUAGCUUGUGUUGCUUAAUGCAAGAAACAGGCUCUUGCGCAGAGUGAGGCUAUUCAGUUAGCUGCAGUAUUUCUGACUGAGAAGCUUGUGAUUGUACAACCGCAGUCCACAGGGGACAUUUCUCAGCACAGACGAGAAAGUCUGUACCAGGGAAGAAGAGGAGGGCUUGCAGUAUACUAGUUCUGCAGACAUUGCAAACUAAGAUUUCAUAUACCUCAUUGAAAACCUGCACAAAGAAUUACAUGCAUGUGCUCUUUGGGAGUAUAUGUAAUAAAAGUUUUAUUUAAUUUUAUAGUGUUUCUUAAAUUUCUCUUCUUAAUUAAACUUUUUUUUUCCAAUUACAUCCUUAUUCGAUAAACUCACAAUAGUAGUGCAUUCAAAUCCUUAUUGCAAAAUGUAAACUUAGCCUAGCAGUAACUCUAAAGACUUUCAUUGCUUAUUGUUCUUGUUUACUCACGUGUCUGAGUACACAGCCGUAUUUCAAGCCUUUUCUCUAUUCCCUUCUCUUCACAGGCACGUCUAGACAUUCUGAAGAUUCACUCCCGAAAGAUGAACUUGACUCGUGGUAUCAACCUCCGUAAAAUUGCGGAACUGAUGCCUGGAGCAUCAGGGGCCGAGGUGAAGGUGAGCCUUUUUGGAGCUAAUAGUGGUUUCCCCCUAUUGUUACAUCUGGUUGCAGAAACAAAAUGUAAUGUCCUGUUCUGAGCCCGGGCCAAGAUCCUGCUAAUUGUUCCUUAAUAGGCAGCAGAUGGAUACUUCUGUAGAGCAUGAUCCUUUGGAAACACAUGUGGAAAGUGCUACAAUUCAAGUGAGCACACCCGGAAUCCAAUUUUUUCUCAUGUUCAGAAUUGUCUCCCAUUCCUAUGUUUGGACUCCAUUCCCCAACAUUCCUAUUUAGAUAAUUCUUAUAGUUCUGCUGAAUUGACUUUGUCAAUUUAACUCCAUGCUUCUGUACCAUCUUUUUAGUCUAAACUAGGCCGUUCUUCACGCCACUAAUUUUUGUAUUUCCCAGUGGAAAUACAUUCUUGAAAUAAGUCUCAUUUGUUUUAUCAAAUUAUAUGUUCACCUAAAGAUAUCCCCAUGAUACAAAGAUAAAUGUUUUAUUACUGUGACUGCUAAGACCAUAAACAUUGUUUUAUCUGCCAUUCUUAAGACUUUGUUUGACCUCAACCCACCAUUAGUACUUGGUCUUGCUGGUUCUUGUAUUCAUCAACCGCCGACAGAUGACUUCUAUGCAUUUACAGUGUCCCUUUUGUGUUUGUUUUUUGUAGGGAGUGUGCACAGAAGCUGGGAUGUAUGCUUUACGUGAAAGAAGAGUACAUGUGACACAGGAAGAUUUUGAGAUGGCUGUAGCUAAGGUGAGUCUGAUUUAAAGUUUGCAUUUUGAAGGUUUUGGGUAUUUUCAGAUAACUGUAUAACAUUGUCUAGUAUCACAACCUCACACAUAGUUACUGAAACAGUUCCUACUUGUGCAUUUUGUAGUAGACAUUUUAAUGAUAACACGCAUGUCAAGUAAGAGGUUUUUCAAGAUGAAUAAAAAAAAAUGAAUCCAAAUUUUAAACAAGUUUCCAUGAGUUAUCUCUACUCUGGUUUUAGGACAGUUUAUUUUAGACACUGCUGAUUUUUAUGGACUUUCUCCCACAAAAUCCCAAUAAGGGGAACACUGCAGUGCCAGGUUUAUGAGGCGUUGGGAAGCUUAUGGGUAAACCUUCGUAAUUUGUCCUUGAGUUAAUGAGGUUUAGGAAAUACCCCAGAUGCGAUUUGUAAUGCUGCAGUGCAUGCGAACUUUAUAUUUUGUGAAAGGUACAGGGGUUUUGCUAGUGGAUAAAUGUAACUUUAAUUAUGUACCAGGAAAGUAAAUAAAAUAAUGCCUUAUCUUUAAUUCAAGUGCAAGUGUUCUGUUUAACGAAGCUGCUCCUGACCUGUUUUCCUUGUAUUCUUUCUUCACGUACCCGCAGGUGAUGCAGAAAGACAGCGAGAAGAACAUGUCUAUAAAGAAGCUUUGGAAAUAAAAGGGCCGGGAAUUACCGGAUACUGUCAUAUUGCAAAAUAUAUCUUCAGUUUGACGGUGUCUGCUCAGCUGAUGCCAACUUGUCCAAUCAAUGUUAGGAACUCGGUUCUGAGUAUCAGGCCCCUUAUUUUGACUUUGCUACAAGUGUUGCCAACCCCCUGCGAACUCAGAGAGACCUGUAAUCAACAGCAAAGCAUUGCAGGUGCUUUUUCUUUUUUUAACUGGGGGAGGUAGCACAAAGAGAAUUCUACUCUGAUCUCACACAUCGUUCAGCAUGUGUCCUUAAAUAUAUAUCAAAUUAAUCUAGAAGCCAGAAACCCAUAUACUUAGUCUCAGGCUGGGUAGAGAAUCAAUUAAACUCCCCACGAGCCAAAAUCAGGUUUUUGUGCAACAGUGAGCAGUUUGGGUAUUGUGGAUUUUGUUUUACAGUUUCUAGAAAAUUAUGCCAGGGGUUUGUGUUUGUAAUACUGAUGAAAACAAUUCCAUGAGGUCUGUUUAAUAAACAAGAGAAACCAUUUAAAAAUUGACUUUUAUUUAUUUAACAAGAAACAAUUAGCCAAAAGAAUAUUAUUAAAUGAAAUAAUUCAAGCCCAGCUCCCAAAGCACGUUACUUGUAAACAGCACACCACUUAAAUUGCAUUUUAAGUUAUACUAAGGGCUAAGCGACUUUGCGCAUUUUCCCUCAGUGGACAUGUCGCCUUUAUUUACUAGAGCUCACUGAAGGAUCAGUUGUGUUUAAUUUUCAUUGUAGUGAAUUGCUCAGUAAUUAAUAACAAGGCUGUGAAGAGUUGCAGAGAAAAGAUCUUGGUACCUCCUCUGCCGACUUUGGGAUAUUACAUUUAAAUUUUUUUUUCUUCCUCCCCCCCCCCCUCUAUUGUGGAUAUUAAAGAAAAAACCUCCACAAAGAUGUCUGACAAGUGCUUUGUGAGCUCUGCUGAAUAACGACAUAUGUACAUGACAGACCCACGUCAUAGAUCCAGCUUCUGAGGCUGGAUUCCAAUUUUAACCAGACUAUUCUGUUCAGAGUCCUAGAAUGGAAACCGGAAGCCCUGUUACCAACAGAAUUUAUAGUAAAAGUGUCACCUAUAAAUGCAUUUAAAAAAAAUCUAACUUAAGUGUAACACCAAACACCUAAGUGGUUUUCUUUUAUAAAACCAAAUCCUUUGAUUAAUAUUCAUGUGGUUUUUAUGAGGAAUCUUAUGUGCAGAGGUUGUAUAUAGUUAGUAUAACAGCUAAAAAAAAAAAGUGAUACAACUCACUUUUCGUAAUCAUGGAGCGUGCUGGGAUUAGCAUUAAAAUAUGCCCCUUUUACAAGCCUGUUUUACUUCCAUGGGGAAACGUGCGCAGCCAAAAGCCACAACACAGUGAUGGCAAAAUAUUAGGUGUAUGUUAACUACAUGUUCCUCCCUGUGCAUCAUGGGAAACUGCAGUCAGCCUGUGUGAUCAUACACGUUUCCUCAAUUAAUGUAACAUGACUUAUAAAGAUAAUCAUCAAUGGUAAAACAUGACUAAAGAGUUCAGGUGACAAAUUUACUAUAAAUGUGCAUUGUUCUGCUUGCUAACACACAUUUCCUGCAUUAUUAUAAAAACAAACAUCUCACACUCAAACAUAUAAACAUCUGAAGAAACCUUUGUUAGGAACACAACUGGGGUUAUUUAUAAACAACAACAAUUUGUAUGAAAGCCCCUUUACUUUCUACAACUUUACCCCCGGAUUAUUUUAUUAGUAUAAAUAUCACUCGUGUCUUAACUUCUGAAUAAAAAGUCAUGCACAAAUUCUUAAAAAAUGAGCACUUGGUCCCAAAUAUUGUAUCUGCAUAGAUAAAAUGUUAAUCCCCUGAGAAUAAUCAACAUGGCUCGAAGUUGCAGUGGUGCUUUUUUUUUUUUUUGCAUGUAGCGAAGAAAGUUCACAGCGUUUUCUCCUAUGUUAGGGUAUCACUGGAGGAGGUGGGAGAGAUUGGUACAGCGAAAGAUGACAAGUAGAACCAGCAAAGAGAGUUUGUUCUCCGUACCCAAAUGCUGGAGACUUGCCGGAACACUAGUGCAAAGUCCUUGGUGUGUGUAAUAUAUAUCAUAGGAUGUCCCUGCAUGCGAAGAAUCCCACCCCGGCAGAAAAACAAAAUAAUGCAUCCCCACACCUCAGAAUAUUUAGUGCAAAUAUAAUAAACUGGAAAAAAUAAAAUAAAAUACAAAAAACACUUAUGAUUAGUACUUGCAUCAGAGUUUGAUAUAUGUUAAGAUAUUAAAUGUUAUGAGACUGGAUCAUCCACAGACUAUUUUAUUGCAUUACCCAUGACUAGGUGCUGUAAAGCAGCACUCACGUUUUCAGCCUGUCCGAUGCAAAGGAAGUGCCACCUCAUACAGCGAUUAAAGGGUCUGAGAUUAGUAUGAUAGAAGUUGUAUGACAGCUGGAGGUGCAAGUUUGAGGACAGAAUUGCUGCAGAGAGUUUCCUGAGUUAAAAGCAAAUAAAAUAAAGAUGUGGAAAGUUUUAGUAAUCAGUGCAAACAUGUGUUACAUAAAACACUCCCUGCCUACACUGACCUUUUAAAUGCAUUAUUGCGGUUGAACGUCUUUUGAAGCUAUGACAAGCAAUUUGAUCCAGGAACUGGCUAAAAAAAUUUAGCCAAUCCCUGGUCCUUUUAUGUAAUCCUACAGUCAUUUAAUGGGUGGCUUUGAGCAGACAUUAAAGGAACAGUAUAGCGUUCGGAAUACAAACCUGUAUUCAGAACCCUAUAGGGGCCUGGUGUUUAGUGGUCUCUGUCCCCUUUCAAAUUAAAGCUUUUUUUUUUUUAAAUUUUACCUUUUCUCUUGGUGCUGCUCACCUCUCAGUCUGCCACAACGUCAGAGGUGCAUUUGGGACUCGAUGCGCAUGCACAGCCUCAUAGGAACGCAUUGUAUUCAACGAUUUCCUGUGGGCUUCUGUGUCACCUGACAGUUUUACUCUGUCAGCACCGCAAAAGUACCUCUAGACUCUGUUAGGAAGGCAGUCACUAGUGGUGGAUUUAAUGCUGCAGGAUUAAAAAGGACAACACCAAUGCACCCAGAUCACUUCAUUGAGACUAUGCCUAUUUGCCCCACUGACAGCCCGAAUGUGUCACAAACGCCCCAUCUCACCCUAGAACCACUUGCAAAUACCUCCAUCCAGUAUCCACGCCGGCCCCAAAUAUUGCAGUCUUCUGAGAAAUGUCACCGAAGGCCAGACCGGUACUGGAGGGCAGUGAAAUUUCAGGCCACCAACCAAAGCACAAAUCAAACAGUGCUGGGCUAGUAAAGCCCAGAAUGCUUCCUGCUAUGUACGUCAUGUCAGUUCUGCAAUACUUUGCAGACAUCCCAAUGUACAUCCUGCUGGUUUUAAUCAGUAGAAGAAUGGUGCUGGAUGUCUGCUCCCACAUCCUCCUAAUGCUAGGGGACGCACACAGUCAGCCAUCACCUGAUCAUUUAAUAUUUUAUUAACAAUGAAGAAUUGAAAUUAUUUGUCAGUAGAAAAGCCUACUCGCUACUCUCAGGGAUAUUUACUCAAGUGAGAACAAAAUGAAUUUCAAAUUUAAGGCCAAAAAUAGCCAAAAUAAAAAUCACUUCCAAGAAAGUUUUCCAGCUCAGCUUUUUUUUGGUCUAAAAUUUGAAAGUCACGUUGCCGUUACUGUUCGUUAAUGACAAUUCUCACUUUUGUGAAAAACCUUGUAGUAAUGGACUCCACUGUCAAUUAUUUCAGUGCUAAUAAAUAUAUUAUUCACAAACAGUGAGUUAUGGUGCUUAAAAACAAAACAAAAACAACAAAACCUCAAAUUCUUAUUUUAUAACUAAACUUUGCGAGUCUUCAGUGAAUUCACCGCUAAAGUACUGCUGCCAGAAUAAACCUGAGUUUUGAUAGUAUUGCAUUCUCCAUUCCUAGGUAUCUGCUUUGUUCUACUCCAAGUCUCAAGAUCAUGUUUUCGGUUUGCAAUAGUGAAUUGGUGGAAAUAUUAACUUCUAUAUAAUAGGAGUGAGAUAUUUACCAUCUCAACACAUUUCAAACUAGUGAUGCAUCAGGGCAGUGGUUAAUUAAAAGUAAGAAAUAGUUUGGACAUCGUACCAAUAACUGACACAGCUGUUUCCAUAACAUCUAUAAAAAUACAGAGAAUAAGAGCUCUGGGGAUUAACAGCUGGUGUUUCAGGACUGUAAUUAGGUGAGUCUGAUCCCUAAAACUUGCUCUAAUUCUUGUCUGCGUUGCUGCACCUAAAAUAAAAGAAACAAGCAUUCAAUAUGUAAAAUUAUAAUUUUCACACUUCUUUCUAUCCAUAUGAGAUAAUCAAUUCUCA